AUGAACUACUUUUUAGGCUUUGAAGUGCAUCAAUCCGACGAUGAAAUUUUUCUGAAUCAAGAGAAGUAUGCUCGUGAAAUUUUGAGGAAGUUUAGAAUGGAAAGUUGCAAAUCUGUCCCAACUGAUUUGGUGUCAAAUUUGAAGCUCUUAAAGGAAGAUGAAACUGAAAAAAUUGAUGCUUCUAUUUAUAUAAGCUUGAUUGGAAGUCUACUUUAUCUUACUUCAUCUAUACCUAACCUUAUGUAUGCAACAAGUCUACUAUUAAGAUUUAUGCAGAGUCCUACCAAUACACAUUUUGUUACGACAAAAAGGGUGCUUAAUAUAUUAAGGGCACUACACCGUUUGGAUAUGGCUCUGGCAUGUUCUCGUGGAACUCAAGGAAAUAAGAAAUUGUAG